AGUUUUUCUAGGGGCACUAUUUAUUUGUGACCACAAUGAAAAAUGUAGACAGUGAUGAUCUGGUAACUGGCGCACUUCCCAAGCUCAAGAGCUCAAAAGAAUGGUUGGAGCCCAAGCCUCUAUGUUUUAUGGAGGUCUUAGCUAAAGAAGAUACUGAGGCAGCUAUUCAAUCAAUAUUAUACAGAGAAAAUUAUAUAAUUAAGGAACUAAAUAAGUAUUUACAACAUCAUGCCUUCUUAAAUGCAAGAAGAAAGGAGAUGUUAUAUAAAAGAUGGGUUGACCACGUGGCAGAUCCUCUUCAGAAGAAAAUUAUAGAAAAAGUUUGCUCACAUAAGAAGAUUAAAAAAAGGAGGCAAGAGGAAUUAGAUGGCUUUUUAAAACAUGUAAAUAAAAAGGGAAAUGCAUUUAUAGAACAUUAUGAUCCAAAAGAGUAUGAUCCCUUUUAUAUGAGCAAGAAGGACCCCAAUUUUCUGAAGGUUACCAUCCCACCAUUUCGUGACCCUUUGAAAAAAGCACAAUAUGACAAGGAUAAUGAAAAAAGAACUCUUCUUCAGUGUGAGACUGGCAAAAUAUAUUCAAUAAAAGAAUUCAAAGAAGUUGAGAAGGCUCAGCUGCAUUCCAGAUUCCCACAAAUUUCUAAUUCAAGGCACUUUAUGACUCCAAAUGAGUGGCUGAAACUGCCUACACGAUACAUAGAAAGUGAAUUUUGUAAAAGGAGAAGGUUAAAAGUGAAAGUGAAUUUUAACGACUGUAGUUUUGAUUUGAAACCCUUGGCAAGAGCUCCUUAUCUUUUGGAAUCACAGGAAGAAGAAAAAACAGUUAUUUACAAAAACAAAGGGUCAUCCUUUCUAGAAAGAGAACCGCUGUGUUAUCGAGACGGAAAGAAUCCAAGUGCCAAAGAGGCCAACUCUGAAGGGUAUUUUUCUUCCUUGAGCCUCAGCCAGGAAGGAGGCGAACGGGAGGAAGACCAGAAUGGGUCUCCCUCCCCCCGUUUGGGGCUGCUGAAGCCGGAGCUGCAAGAAAGAAGAGGGAGGUUUCAGCAACCAAGGAGCACACACUCUGAUCCUUGAUUGGUGAAAGGAUAUGCAAAAUCAGGCUGCUUCAGAGGAAGUCAUCUGCUCGCAGGAAUCAGGGUGAAGGCCAAGGAAGGCACUCAAGAAUUGUCCUGUCUCUAGAAAAAAGCAUCUGCCACAAACUUCCUUUAAUUUUUGAGUUCAGUGUCUGUGAUAAUUAAGAAAUGGCAAUACCAUGUAUUUUCCCCCGAAGUUAAGAAAUAUUGCUGAAUGAACCAAUAAAAAGAAUUACAGCUCCCU